GUCAGCUGGCCCUCCAGCCCGGAGCCGGGCGGAUCGGGAUGAAAGGAGAUUCUGGACGUAUCUGAUCCAGCACUUGCAAAGCCGGGAGAUCCCUCUGCAAAUAUCCGGAAUUCCAUUGCAGUAUCGGAUUAGGUAGGUUCAUCAACACCGUGCUUUGGAGGUGAUUUGGGAGAAACGCGAGCCACAGGCGAGGAGCUGAUACCUGGAAAAAAGCCGAAAACCUGUGCGGUGCGGAACGAUCCCCCCCACCUGCCCCCCUCGCAGCUCUUUUCCUGUAGCCGAGUGUGGUGUAGACGGAGGCCAGUUUCAGUGUACGUGGGCGUGUUUGGGAAGAAGCUGCGAGCUGAUAGGAGGAAUAAUGUAUUUGUGGCCUUGGACAUGAAGUGGUCAGUCUUCUGUUGCUGUUAACAUAGGGUCAGGGACUGAUGAGGGAAGCAUGGACCUAAUGAACGGGCAGGCAAGCAGUGUGAAUGUUGCAGCUACUGCUUCUGAGAAAAGUAGCAGCUCUGAAUCAUUAAGUGACAAAGGAUCUGAAUUGAAGAAAAGCUUUGAUGCUGUGGUAUUUGAUGUUCUUAAAGUUACACCAGAAGAAUAUGCGGGUCAGAUAACGCUAAUGGAUGUUCCAGUAUUUAAAGCUAUUCAGCCAGAUGAGCUUUCAAGUUGUGGAUGGAAUAAGAAAGAAAAAUAUAGUUCUGCGCCAAAUGCAGUUGCCUUCACAAGAAGAUUUAAUCAUGUAAGCUUUUGGGUUGUUAGAGAGAUUCUUCAUGCUCAAACAUUAAAAAUUAGAGCAGAAGUCUUGAGCCACUAUAUUAAAACUGCUAAGAAACUGUAUGAGCUGAAUAACCUUCAUGCACUGAUGGCAGUGGUUUCUGGCUUACAGAGUGCCCCAAUUUUCAGAUUGACUAAAACAUGGGCGUUAUUAAGUCGAAAAGACAAAACUACCUUUGAAAAAUUAGAAUAUGUAAUGAGUAAAGAAGAUAACUACAAAAGGCUCAGAGACUAUAUAAGUAGCUUAAAGAUGACACCUUGCAUUCCCUAUUUAGGUAUCUAUUUGUCAGAUUUAACAUACAUUGACUCAGCAUACCCAUCAACUGGUAGCAUUCUAGAAAAUGAGCAAAGAUCAAAUUUAAUGAAUAACAUCCUUCGAAUAAUUUCUGACUUACAACAGUCCUGUGAAUAUGAUAUUCCCAUGUUGCCUCAUGUCCAAAAAUAUCUGAACUCUGUUCAGUAUAUAGAAGAACUACAAAAGUUCGUGGAAGACGAUAAUUACAAGCUUUCAUUAAAGAUAGAACCAGGGACAAGCACGCCACGUUCUGCUGCUUCCAGGGAAGAUUUAGUAGGUCCUGAAGUUGGAGCAUCGCCACAGAGCGGAAGGAAAAGUGUGGCAGCUGAAGGAGCCUUGCUCCCGCAGACACCCCCAUCCCCGCGCAACCUGAUUCCACAUGGACAUAGGAAGUGCCAUAGCUUGGGUUAUAAUUUUAUUCAUAAAAUGAACACAGCAGAGUUUAAGAGUGCAACGUUCCCAAAUGCAGGACCAAGGCAUCUGUUGGAUGAUAGCGUCAUGGAGCCCCAUGCACCGUCUCGAGGCCACGCGGAAAGUUCUACUCUCUCUAGCGGAAUAUCAAUAGGUAGCAGUGAUGGUUCUGAACUAAGUGAAGAAACCUCAUGGCCUGCUUUUGAAAGGAACAGAUUAUACCAUUCUCUCGGCCCGGUGACAAGAGUGGCACGAAAUGGCUAUCGCAGCCACAUGAAGGCCAGCAGUUCUGCAGAGUCAGAAGAUUUGGCAGUACAUUUAUAUCCAGGAGCUGUUACUAUUCAAGGUGUUCUCAGGAGAAAAACUUUGUUAAAAGAAGGCAAAAAGCCUACAGUAGCAUCAUGGACAAAAUACUGGGCAGCUUUGUGUGGGACACAGCUUUUUUACUAUGCUGCCAAAUCUCUAAAGGCUACAGAAAGAAAACAUUUCAAAUCAACAUCAAAUAAGAACGUAUCUGUGGUGGGAUGGAUGGUGAUGAUGGCUGAUGACCCAGAACACCCAGAUCUCUUCCUGCUUACUGACUCUGAGAAAGGAAAUUCAUACAAGUUUCAAGCUGGCAAUAGAAUGAAUGCAAUGCUGUGGUUUAAGCACUUAAGUGCAGCCUGCCAAAGUAACAAACAACAGGUUCCUACAAACUUGAUGACUUUCGAGUAAAAGCUUGAGAAAAAAGAGAGGGGAACUGUUGUUUCUGCUGGGAGCCGGGACCUGAUGCACAGCGCCAGCUGUCAACCAUCCUGUGCCAGGAAGAGACCAGAGGCUCUGGCUCAGCCUUUGGAGUUCUGAACCAAAAAAGCACUAAUUUCAGGGAAUGAAGUGAGAUAUUCCCAGAGAACAAAUUGGAGUUGUAAAACAAACUGCCAUGAACCAUACUUUUAUCUCUCAACUGACCUGUGGAAACCACUGCCUUAAAAGAAUGAAAGGAAAACCAACAUGAAACACCAAAUAGUGUGUGUGAAUCUUCCGGCGGUGCUGUGCUUGGGAUUGAUCGUAGCUAAU